AUGAGUAAUUUGGAAAAAAGUUUAUUUCAACUAAAAUUCACGGCGAAACAAUUAGCUCGCCAGGCCAAAAAAGCGAGCAAAGAUGAAACUGCCGAGAAAACAAAACUAAAAAAGGCUAUAAAACAAGGGAAUAUGGAAGGGGCACGGAUUUAUGCUGCUAAUGCAAUCCGAAAAAAGAACGAAUCAUUAAACUUGUUAAGAUUAUCUUCAAGAAUUGAUGCAGUUUCAAGUCGCGUACAAACAGCCGUAACUAUGCAAAAGGUGACUGGAUCAAUGGCAAGUGUUGUAAAGGGAAUGGAUAAAGCUAUGGAAUCUAUGAAUUUAGAAAAGGCACAUCUCGAUGUUCAAACACAAUAUAUGGAAGGAGCAAUGGGAAACACUACAACAAUGAGUACACCUCAAGAAGAAGUAGAUUUACUCAUGCAACAAGUAGCAGAUGAAAGUGGAUUAGAAUUGAAUCAUGAGCUUGAAACGGCAGCUCCGAGUAGCGUUAUCAGUGUUGCAGAUAAAGAAAGUAAUGAAGAUCAGCAAUUGUCGGAACGGUUACGAAUUUUAGAUGGAUUAGCCGGAUUAACCCUUUUCCUUAGGCCCGAUUUAUUUGUUCCUGAAUUGGCCCUCACGUCCGUUAUUGAUAAACCAGCGGUUUAUGUGGCAUAUAAAUAUUCAGGAGCGGUUUGGGUGGCACUUGGAUAUAAUCAAAUCCUUACGCCCAAUAAAAAUGAUUCGGUCUUCGUUCGAAACACAUUAUAUAGUCGAGUGGUCGCAGUUAUUCUUUGUGGAAUGUUGAAAUACAUGUAUGAUCAAAUGCCUAUGCGCAUUCUUGCCUUCUCUGCUGUGGAUUUGGGGUUAUCAAUCAUGAACUACAUCGCUUCGAAUGGUUCUGAAAAAAGACAUAUUCGUCGUGAUUAA